AUGGCCUCAGAGAAACCCAAUGUCCCGAAGUGGCGGCGCUUUCUGGGCGCUGGCUCAACGGCCUCUAACUCGGAUGAACCAUCUGGUCCGUCCAAAUGGAGUAUGGGAGUCUUGAACGACAAAAAGACCAUUGAAGUCCCAGGCUCCGUACUUCUACUUGCUGCUCACCGCAAUGAACCGCUUGGUCUGCGAAAUGUCCAUGCAAGAACCUCCCAUUCAUCUAUUCCCGCUGGUUUUCCUGUUGACAGUCGACGAGCAUCGGUUUCGUCAGCCGCGGCAGCGGCGGCGGCAGCAGCUGUAGUAGCAGAGACUCGAGCUCCCGCGCCAGAGACUGAUGACAAGAAGAAGACAAGCGACGGCGCAAUCAUCUUGGAGCCUCAGCCCGAGGAAUCCAAAAAUGACCCCUUGAACUGGCCCUCUUGGAAGCGAGAUGUCGCUCUCUUGUCUCUUGGCUUCUACUGCAUGAUCGGAGGCGGCACUACUCCCGUUGUAGCUGCUGGUUUCACCGACAUCGCAGAAACAUACAAUGUAGACGUCGAGAGAGUGGCUCUGACCACCGGUCUCUACAUGAUGGGCAUGGGCAUCGGCUCAGUCAUAUUCUCACCAACCGCUAUCCUUUUUGGUAAGCGCCCAGUAUAUUUGGGCAGCGCCAUCAUGUUCAUCGCUACGUCGCUUUGGGCCGCAUGGUCUCCUAGCUUCAACUCCCUCUUGAUCGCCAGAAUCUUCCAGGGUUUUGCUGUCAGCCCUGUCGAAUGUCUCCCAUCAGCCACAAUUGCCGAAAUCUUCUUCCUCCACGAGCGAGCUUACCGUAUCGGCAUUUACACUCUUCUUUUGCUUGGUGGCAAAAACCUUGUCCCACUUGUCAGUGCAGUUAUUAUUGGCAGUCUCGGAUGGCGCUGGGUCUUCUGGAUCUUGGCCAUGAUCAUUGCCCUGGGCGGUGUGCUUCUUUUCUUGUUUGUCCCAGAGACCUUUUGGGAUCGAACCCCCCACCCGAAACCCAGACACCCGUCCAAGAGGCCGAGUUUCCUCCGUCGACUCUCAUCUCGCCAUAGGGUUCACCAGACUGGAGCGGAAGCACUAUUUGAGGGAGAACAGGGAGAGCAUUUAGUUCAAGCAGUUCCCCCUCAAGAUGGACGUCAGUCGCCAGCUUCUCUUCAUAGAGGAAGGGAUCUCCAUGUAGGCUUUGCUGGCCCUGACACUGCUACCGAAGAGCCCGUAGCUCCUCAAGCAGUGCAUCCCUCUAACCGAGACACAUCCACUCCCACCGAUUUCCAUAGCACAACUGGAAGCGAGUCCUUCAAGUUAGGGCCCAACCUUGAGAACGAGAAAGUGGACGCCUCGAAGCUUCAAGGCCCGCCGAAAAUCCAGGCCUACACUCAUCAACUUCGUCAACAGCCCCCCAAAUCGUUUACACAACAGCUUAGGCCCUGGCAUGGACGUCUCAACCACGAUAGUUGGUUCAAGGUCAUGAUCCGACCGUUCAUUCUCUUCGCAUACCCUGCUGUUCUAUGGUCAUCUGCCGUUUAUGCUUGCUCUGUAGGUUGGCUGAUCGUCAUCUCUGAGUCGAUAGCCAUGAUUUAUCGCGACCGAGAAUCUUACAAUUUCACUGCUCUCCAGACGGGCCUUGUUUACAUCUCGCCAUUUAUCGGUGGUAUUCUGGGAACUGGUGUGGCGGGCAAGGUCAGCGACAUCAUCGUCAAGAUAAUGUCUAGACAUAACGGUGGCCUCUACGAGCCCGAGUUCCGUCUUGUUAUGGCCCUGCCUAUUCUCAUCACCACAUGCAUAGGACUCAUGGGUUUCGGGUGGUCCGCAGAGGAGAAGGACCAUUGGAUGGUCCCUACCUUCUUCUUCGGAGUUGUCUCAUUUGGAUGUUCGCUUGGCUCGACGACAGCCAUUACAUUUUGCGUGGACAGCUACCGUCAAUAUGCUGGAGAGGCUUUAGUGACACUCAACUUCUCCAAAAAUAUUCUGCACGGGCUUGUUUUUAGUCUUUUUGUUACACAUUGGCUACAUGGUGAAGGCCCCAGGAUGGUAUUCGUUUGGAUCGGUAUCAUUCAGUUACUGUUGAUGUUGUUCACGAUUCCCAUGUACAUAUAUGGAAAGAGGGCUCGCAUGUGGACGGUUCGCGCGAACCUGAUGGAGAAGUUCUGA